UCCAAAAAGUAACAAGUGCUUUUUUUUUUUUCCAUUAAAAUCAUUAAAAUCCAAAAAAAUGCUAAUGAAGCAAAAUGGUAAAUAUAACAUCAAACAAUGGCACUGUCCAAACAUAAUGUACGUAUCUUAUCCACAAACGUUGUACUACUCGAAUUAAAGCGUCUUACAGUCUUGUUCCAAGUUGCAACAUUUUUUUUAACGAACAUAAAUUCUUCAACUUUAAUCUCUGUUUUAUUCUGGGAAAAUAAGAAAAUUGAUUGUACAGCAAUUUUUCUCUAUAACACAACGAUCAGAAAAAAAAAUGAUGCACAUGACCUUUUACUGGAGCCGACAGGCGACUCUCCUGUUCAGCUCCUGGCGGACGGAUUCAUGGCUGAGUUACGCAUUGACUCUUCUGGCUUGUGUUUUGGCUUCUGCUUUUUACCAGGACCUGGAGAACGUAAGAUAUCGUGUCAGGCGGAGCGGGAAGCCCACGGAGGGGAAGGCGGAAGAGCCGUUGUUAUUGCAGCCGAAGGGAGCUGGGGCUGGAUAUACAGGUAAGUUGUCGGUGGGGAAGAUCGUGGGAGGGGUGCUUUUCGGGUUGAGCUCGGCUCUAGGGUAUUUGUUGAUGCUGGCGAUUAUGUCGUUUAACGGAGGCGUGUUUUUGGCUAUUGUGUUGGGCUUAACGGUUGGGUUUUUGGUAUUUAGGAGUGAGGACGAAGAUGAAACUGCUGGUGCUAAUAGCACUUGUGCUUGUGCCUAAUGAAAGAAAGGGAAAUUUAUUUUUCCUUUUGUUUUUCUUGUUUUGGGGUUUGGGAGUUUGGGCUUUGUCUGAUUCUGGGUUUGCAUUAGAUGACAAUGGUAUGUAUUAAUAUGUAAUCAUCUGAGUCUAAGAUACAAAGUCUAUAAUUGUUUCAAACUAUGGUUUUUCUCCUUGUGAUU